AUGGAAGCGGAAGAUGGGGUUGUCACCCAGGUUCGUGGGGUCAAGAGCGCCGAGUUUGCCCUGUACCCAUACAUAGACGAUCCAUGCCAAGAUCUUGGUGGCAUGGGGGUUCGUGAGCAGCACGAAAGGCCUAAAGACGGGCAGACUUUUGCGGAGGUCUUCAAGAGGCACGGUCUAACCAGAAAGGGCCUGAUUGACGUCGAGCCGGAAGACCCAAUGAACAAGAACAGAACGUCCUUUGCAACCGUCAUACAAGAUUUGCUACACAAAAAAGGCGUGCAAUGGUCUCCGGACGACGACUUUUUGUCUGGCCCCAAAGUCCCCCCCGGCGUGUCUCCACACAAGGUCACAGGAUACGUCAAGCAAGACGGCCACUUCACCUUGGACCAUGCCGAGUGGAUUGGUGCGGUUGCCGCCAACCUUCUUGGGCUGCUCUUCCCUCACCUUACUGCUGGCUACGUCACCAACUCCCUCUCUGGCCUCGGCCUCAAAACCGACGAAGAAGUUCUCCAGAUCUUGCGCGCGGAAGACAAACGUGCAGCUCAGGCCAAGGGGAAGAAGACCCUUAGAGAUGAGGAGUAUGAUGCCCUAUACGAGGAGUUUGGGGCCCUCUGGUGGGCCCCGGACCUCACUACCUACGAAGCUGCGAGAAGGCUCGAGGAAGUUCUCGAGCUGUGUUUCGGGGGCCUCUUUACUGAGGCAUGCACGCAACGGUGGUUGGACGAGACUGUCCCGGCUGACGUCCAAGAGCGUCUCAAGUCGUGGACUCCACUACGGAGGUUUUGCUUCGUGAGGGACGGCUCGGUGACCCUGCCGCCCCAGUUCUACCUGGACCAUGGAAUCAAAAUCCACAUCAUGUGA